AUGUCAGGGGCUGCAGCUGGUCAGUCAUCGAGCAGGCAGGACAUGAUGGAGCUGUGCCCAGAGCUGGAGUACUCGCUCUUGCUGCUGGAGCCGGGCGGCGGCCGGCCAGAGCAGCAGCAGUGAGAGCGAUGGGCGGGCACGACCCUCAUGCCCACGGUGUUCAUGUGCUCCGGCUGCAGACGGCACGACACUGACUCAUCAAGGCGGGUGGCUAGUGACGAUGACACAAGCUGUAUCUUGCUGUGCAGUGCAGCUGGCAGCGUCAUCAUGGACCUGGAGCAGGUCUCCAAGCCCCCUGGCGAGUGCGGCUAUACAGCAGAAAUGUUAUUCUGCUCUGGCCACUCGAGGACACUUGGCAGUAUCUACCAUACAAGGAAUCUCGAAUACAAGAGAGAUUUGUUCUGUUUACAUACUGAUGUUGAAAGCUAUGUUCUAGGAAACCCAGAGAAGCAAGCUGUUUUUCAUGAGGACCAUCUUACUCUUGAAAUUCGAGCUGUCUUGCAAGACGUGCUGCAAAAGAUAGAUACGAUACUGAAUGCUCUGGAGACAAGACUGACCACGAUUGAGUCCCAUGUAGCUCCACUGCACAGGCAGGUCUGA